CCUGGAUCAUUUCGCUUCGUUUUUCUCUUUUGUCUGGCUCAUUUUAUGCAUGGAGUAGGAGCAACUCCACUUUUUACUAUAGGAAUUUCUUAUAUAGACGAAAACGUAGGACCUGCACUUUCAUCACUUUAUAUUGGAAUAUUCUAUGCGUUUGUUGUAUUCGGACCUGCUAUUGGGUUUUUCAUGUCCAGUAAAUUCCUUCUUUGGCAUACUGAUUUCAUGGUUACUGGGCAAAGACUACAAAAAUUAAUCAUUGAUCUGGAUGAAACGGAUCCGAAAUGGGUCGGGGCCUGGUAUAUUGGCUUUAUUUUGGCUGCAAUCUUCGGAUUACUAGCAGUUUUUCCAAUAUUAACCUUUCCCAAACUUCUGCCAGAAUCGCUGAAAUGGCACAGAACUCGACUACAAGAGGAAACAAUGGGGACUAAAAAACGAACUCCUGAGUGUUGUGGUAUACCACCCUCGUCGAGCAGGACUGCUGCAAUUUUAACAGCCGAUGAUGACUUUUGUGGAGGCCCUGUGGUUGUUGAACUUCAGUCGUCGAUGCCAGCUCUGAAGAAUCGUCAAGGGCCUAUUUGGUAUCAGCUUUGGUUAGAUGUUCGACAUAUUCCUAUCGCCAUAUACAAAAUUUUGCUCAAUGGUCCAUUUAUGCUAAUAACAUUUGGAAUGUCGAUCUGUGGUCUCAUAGUUGCGGGAUGUUCAACGUUCAUGUCAACGUACCUCGAGAGACAAUUUGGCGUUGCUCCUAGCAAGGCGACAUUAUUUAUGGGUGCAGUUAUGGUGCCCAUGGCUGGUUUCGGAACUAUGAUUUCUGGAAUGAUCAUUCACAGGUUUCGAUUAAGUUCACUGCGCACUCUACAAUAUUGUAUUGCAUUGGUGCUUUGUGCAUUGCUCCUAUCGCCUAUCUCAUCUUCCAAUCAUUAUGAUCCUUUAACAGACACUUAUGUUUAUAAAUUGAAUACUAGAUGUAACUCAAAUUGUCAAUGCUCAAUGCUUGAGUAUCAUCCCGUAUGUGCAGAGAACAUUGAUGGUUCCCAAUUGGCUUUCUAUUCCCCAUGUUUUGCUGGAUGUACAAAGCCUUAUUCAUCUUCAGAGAGGGAAUACUUUAAUUGUAGCUGCGUACCUGACGAAACUAAAGGUGGCGUUCGCCGUGUUAAGCGCGGCUUUUGUGAAUCAAAAUGCCGCGGACUAUUUGCCUUCUUGGUGUUUUUUGCACCUUUUUGCUUUUUUACAUUUGCCGUCUUCAUUGCAUUAAUAACAGUGGUAUUAAGGACAGUGGAUUAUGAUGAGCGAUCUUUUGCAUUGGGUAUUCAAUGGAUUUUAGUUCGUAUCAUUGGAACGAUCCCUGCUCCAGUGGUUUUUGGCUGGCUUUUUGAUCAUUCCUGCAUUCGUCAACAUUUGGACCCAUGUUCGGGGGAGCACGGAUCUUGCAUGCUCCACCACAAUAAAACUUUAGCCGAUUUGUUUCUUACUUUUACAGUUGCUGGAUUGCUUGUUGGUCUCAUCAGUCUAAUAAGUGUGCUAAUGUUUUUUGCUAAUUCACUUCACGAUGAGUCGAACAUUGCUCCUGCUACAGUAUCAUCAAGAUUGAAAACUGAGAAGAGAAUGUCUGCAUUGUUAUCAGCUGAGAAUGGGGAACAACACAUAAAUGAUGGAGAUGUAAGCGAAACGGAUAUAGAAUGA